CUGUUUGGCUCGCAUCAUCAUUGUAUCAAUUGUACUGCUUCAUCACUUCCAUUAUCGUCUGACGACGGCCAUCCACAUCGGGGUACCCCAAGGGCCCUGAAGAAUGGCUCACCGUCAAGAUGCCAAUUCUCGAAUCAGCCGCUGAUCAAAAAUAUCAACACUCUUUGCCGACCGUCUCGUUUAGAAUUGUCGAAGAUGAUAAAGCGUUGCUUGCACCGGCUGGCGUGCACUCGGAGCAGAGCCGAUCUUAUGGCUACAAUGACUUUUCAGACUUUGAGAGGCCGGAAUUUUACAUUCGCUAUAUAGAACCAAUCGAAGCCGAGCUGAAGGGUCAAGUCGAGUAUGAUAUGGACGAGCAGGACCAAGCUUGGCUCGACAACAUUAAUGCCGAACGCAAGAAAGAUCAGUCCGGCCCUAUAUCCUACGAGGUCUUUGAGAUCAUGGUCGACAAGCUCGAGAAGGAGUGGUUCGAUCUCAUCAAGAGGGUCCCUCAACCAGCUUCGCAUCUCCCUGUAGAAGAUUCUCGAUGCUCCAUUUGCGAUGAUCCUGAAGGCGAGAACUCGAAUGCCAUCGUGUUUUGCGAUGGUUGCAACUUGGCUGUUCAUCAAGAUUGCUACGGCGUGCCUUAUAUUCCGGAGGGCCAGUGGCUGUGUCGGAAGUGCACAGUGGCGCCAGAGAACCCAGUCUCCUGUUUGUUUUGCCCGAAUGAAGGGGGAGCUUUCAAGCAAACUACGACUGGACAUUGGGCUCACCUACUGUGCUCGAUAUGGAUCCCCGAAGUAACCGUUAGCAAUGCUAUCUACAUGGAGCCUGUUGAUGGAGUGGAAAUGGUGCCCAAGAGUAGAUGGAAAUUGAUAUGCUCCCUCUGCCGCGAGCGGGUCGGUGCCUGUAUUCAGUGCGAUAACAAAAGCUGCUUCACAGCCUUUCAUGUCACUUGUGCGAGACAGAUGGGACUGUUGAUGAGCAUGAAGGCAAUGAGCACGGAUGGUCAGCUACGAGCCUUUUGUGAAAAGCAUCUGCCUGCUGGAUCCCAAGACGAUUUCGAUGAGGACGAGGACGAAGAUGGGUCCAACUACUCCGGAACGCCCGUAGCGCAGCCUCCGCCGAAACCCAGGGUGCAGCAUCGGCUCCCGAAGCGCAAAAUUGGACCUGUGACGACCAAGUCUGCAAGAGCGCACACAAAGUCGUACCGCCCAGGACCGCCGAUCGUCCCCCAGGUCAUAGUUCAGACGCUGCUCGACUACAUUGCUAAAUUUCUCAUUCGGAAGAAACAGCCGUUCGUGGAGCGAUUGUGUCGGUAUUGGAGCUUGAAGCGGGAGGCGAGACGAGGAGCGCCAUUACUGAAGCGCUUACAUCUCGAGCCAUGGACAGCUGCCUCUGCUUCGAAGCAGCAGACGGAUGCGGAAAAGGCUACGAAGCUCAAGUUUCUCACAAUGCUUCGAAACGAUCUCGAGAAGGUCAGACUUCUCGCCGAGCUCGUCAGGAAACGAGAAAAGGAGAAGUUACGCCAAACGCAGCUCAUCAACGACAUGGUGGACCAAUUUAUCUUUCCAUACUAUGGACGCUUACGCCUUACACUGGAGAAGAUCUCGGCGAUGGACCGACAGGAGAUAUUUCUUCAUCCCAUCAACGCCAUGGAAGUUCCCGAUUACUAUGACGUGGUAAAGGAACCUAUGUGCUGGCUCUACAUCGACGAUAAGAUCGAAAGAAAUAGAUACCGUAAUGUUGAAGAGUUCAAGCACGAUGUCAACCUUGUUCUUGAUAAUGCCAUUCUAUACAAUGCUCCAGAAACCACUUUCAGCCGGAUCGCAAAGCGUAUAAAAGCCAACGCAAAGCCGUUAUUGGAGGAUCUCGACUCGAUCUUGGAGUGGUCAUCGUUGCGGCCAUCACUGGCGGACGGCGAUGAGCCGAUGACUGCAGACGACGUUGAGCCCUCUGGCGAUCUUGAGCCCUCCUUGGUUCUUCUGUCCUCAUUGCUAGCAAAGCCAGCAGGAGGUACUGAAGGCUCUGUAGACCACCUCGCUGAAUUGUUCCGCUUCGCUCUGGACAAGCCUCGUGCCCCGACUCCGCCGCCGGAACCACCGAAGAAGCGGAAUUACAUGUCAGCAGAGGACAAGAAGCGAAGAUGGGAAGAACGAGAACAGCAAGCAAAGCAGAGGGUGGCUGCUAGAUCAUCUCGAGCGACUGCGGCAGCAGCAAGAGCGUUUGAAGAAGAGGCAGGCUUGGACACUCAACACACACCAAAAGCUUCUGGGCAGCGAACCCGAGGCAGAGACAAGCACGUAGAGGAGCAGGAAGUUGCCGCUCAUGCUAGUCACAGCAAUCAAGUAGGAGUGGUUGGCUACGAAACGGUGGCAGUUCUCAGCGACAGAGAACGCAGAGCCCAGGAGAGAACAUUGGACCUAGUGACGGAGGAUGUUGACAACCAAGACCUGUUCAAGAGAUUCAACGUCGGAUGGGUGCUCCCUGAAGGUUCAAAGAGGAGAAGACCGGACAAGCCAGAGAGGCCGCCGGAUCCACCAAAGACCCAAGUGACUCAAGCAAAAUCGGAACCGAGUCCUGAGCCCGAUGAGCCCCUCGAGCACAGACCACUGCCUUCCUCUCGCCCGAGUUCUCUCACGCCCGUGUCGUCAUCUUCCUCCAGUGCUACCGAGCCCUUGCCUGAACCUGCGCGGCCGAGACGAGGUGCUCCCGCUGUACAAGCGGAGGACAUUUACCGCUCGGGCAGGAAGCGUAAACAGCCUGAUAGUCCGGAACCCGUCAAUAACACCAAGAAGCGGAAAGCGAAGGAGGUGGAGGAGGAUCCUAAGCCGGAAACUCGAGCUUCAGUAACCAGCCAUAAACCCCCGUCUCGACCUAGACCGAGGCGGAGUACCGCUGCCCCGCGUUCCGUUUCCGCGAAGCCAGCGGGUGACGAGGAGGAGGAUCCUUAUCCUCCGUCUACCCUUGUCUGGGCCAAAUUGACAUCAUUUCCCUUCUUCCCAGCUGAGAUCAUCGAUCAAGACGACGAUGACCCAUCCGAGAUCCCGCCCUCCGUGUUCAAGAACCGAGCCCAGGCCGAGAAGGACAAUGGGGCUACUGGCCAGCGGACCUGGCUCGUGAGAUUCUUUGACGCUCAAGCGAGUUAUGGGUGGAUUCCAGCAUCUCGGCUGGACUUGCUAGGCGAGGAUAAUAAUCUUGACGAAAUGUAUCUUGCUGGUAAAGAGAAGUCACGGGUGAAAGGCUUCAAGAGCGCUCAUGUCAAGACCGCCUGUCGAAAGGCAUACCGGGAAGCUCUGGCUCAGAUGGAGGUUGAAGAGGACGAGUAGACGGACGAUGAUCGAGAGAGGCUCAUCGAGUACAUUCUGCACGCGUACAUACAUUUGUUGCUAUGUAUUGAUUCGACUA